UAGAAAAAGGAAGCUGAAUAGAGUACACAAGCUUUCUUUCUCUUUGCCUGCCUGCCUGCCUCUAGCAGACUGACUCUCUUUAGGCAGGGUGCCACUGCGUUCAGGGCGCGCACUGUAUGAAAGGUUGGAAAAGAUCUACGCACUACCACGGAAAGAAAGAGCCGUAGGCAAAGAGGCUUUCUUUCCCCACACCCCACCUUUUUUCUCCUCCUUUGCUACUGCUAGCUUGAAGGCUUUCUUUGCCCAAUGUAAUGCACUCGCUCACCCAGGAAAUCAAAUCCUUCUCCAGGACUAAUCUGAAGAAACAAUGCACCAGAGUGACUACUCUGAGUGGGAAAAGAAUCAUCGAGACCUGGAAGGAUGCUCGGAUGCACGUGGUGGAAGUAGCGGAUGGUAACGAUGGGGAUGGCUGUGGCUAUGUGCAAGACCUGAGUCUGGAUCUUCAAGUUGGUGUGGUGAAGCCCUGGCUGUUGCUUGGGUCACAAGAUGCUGCCCAUGACCUGGAGACAAUGCAAAAAUACAGGGUUACUCACGUUCUCAACGUAGCCUAUGGAGUCGCAAAUGCCUUCCCCAGUGACUACAUAUAUAAGACCAUUCCUAUUCUUGACCUGCCAGAGACUGACAUUGCCUCCUAUUUCCCUGAAUGUUUUGAAUUCAUUGAGCAAGUCAAAUUAAAGGAUGGUGUGGUACUAGUUCACUGUAAUGCAGGAGUCUCUCGCGCAGCAGCUAUCGUCAUUGGCUUCCUAAUGCACUCAGAAGGACUCAAUUUUUCCAGGGCUUUUUCUUUGGUGAAAAAUGCAAGACCUGCUAUCUGUCCAAAUCUUGGCUUCAUGGAGCAACUCCACAAAUAUCAUCAGUGCAAUAAUAAAAGCAUGGAAACCUAAAACAAUAUAUAAUUAUGAAAGAGGGAAAAAAUAGCUUUCGUGCUUGCACUGUACUGAGAGAAGUUGUUGAUUUUUUUUUUUACUGCGUUGUAAUGAGAUGCCCUGAAUUACACCUCUAAAACUGUUGUUAUAAAGUUAGCUUCACUCUA